AUGCCAUCUGGUUCCUGUCUCUUCCCACAGGAUCACUUCCACCUUGUGAAAGGGGCCGCAAAGGAAUACCAUGAAACACAUGAGAGCGGCAUGCAUUUGACUCUACAUUUCUGUGGGACCUGUGGCUCUCUGCUUUACAAGACAGCCGAUCGGAAGGAGUUUGAGGGCGGUGUGAUUGUUCUAGCUGGGACGCUGGAUGAUCCUCGCUCUCUUGAUGAUGCCAAACCCGAGGCGGAAUUCUUUGUCAAGCAUCGAGCUUCGUGGUGGCCGGCUCUGGCUGAUGUGAAGCAGUUGCAGGAGUUUGCCUGA